AUGGCCGAACCUUGCUGCAAGUGCCGCUACUGCGCUGAGUUUUUUGAGGAGGUCCAAGGGCGCAAGCACGGUCACCACUUCACCUGCAAGGUCUGUGAGGCGGCCAACAGAGCCCUGCGACGCAACCUGGGCGAACUGCCUGAAGAGUUGAAGACUUUCGGCAGCCAAGAACGUGAAGACUUCUACAAAGAACUGGCGGAGAAAAAGAGGAAGCAGAAGGGCAACCUUGCGUUUCAGAGCGUGAAGGCCAACCUUUGCACUGCCCUCACGCAGCGACGCAUCCAGGAAAACUCCAAGACCGUCAAGGGCCGUUUCCUGCCUAAGAGCGUCUGGGAGAAAAAAGGCUGGACAACGGAGCAAAUUGAAGCCUCGCCUAAGGAGUGGGACGAGAACUACGGCUGGGUUUACAGGGUCGACGUUAAAGAACUUACCUGGACAGACACGUUCCAGAAAGUUCAAGAGACGCUGCUUGCUCUUGAAGAGAAGGUCCUGGCCAAGAAAAAAGGCAAGAAGAGCGUAGACCUCUUUGGCUUGCCAAGUCUGGCUGUGGACCCAGAGCCUGAGAACUCUGAAGACGA